UUGUAUAAGUUGUUGUAUUUGGAUUAUUGUGUGAGUAUCAUUUUUGCUCCUCAAAUCAUCUCACUUUCUCUCUCCUAGGGUUAGGGUUUUCAAGCACCGAAACCAGAAACCAUGUCGACCCCAAAGAAGAUCGUCCUGAUAUCCUCCGACGGCGAGACCUUCGAGGUCGAGGAGACCGUGGCCCUAGAGUCCCAGACCAUCAAGCACCUGAUCGAGGACGGCUGCGAGGACAAGACCAUCCCCAUCCCCAACGUCACCGGCAAGAUUCUCGCCAAGGUCAUCGAGUACUGCAGGAAGCACGCCAAGGCCUCUGGCGCCGGCAAGGCCGCCGCCGACGUCGACAAGGAUGCGGCCCGCGAGGAAGCUCUCAUGAAGCAGAAGGCUCUCAUGAAGUGGGACGCCAAUUUCGUCGACGUCGAGCAGCUCAUGCUCUUCGAUCUCAUCUUGGCGGCAAAUUAUCUGAACAUCGAGAGCCUGCUAGAUUUGACAUGCCAGAUGGUGGGGGGAAUGAUCAAGGGAAAGACUCCAGAGGAAAUCCGCCAGACCUUUGACAUCAAGAACGAUUUCACUCCGGAGGAAGAACAGGAGGCUCGCAGUGAGAAUGCUUGGGCAUUCAAGUGAAACACCAUAAGGGUUGGGCAAAUAUGUUAGCAUCAGAGGAUUUCCAUCUUUUUGAAAGCUGCUUCGUACACAUUUUGUUUAUGUUAGUAGAUAUGCAUAUGGGAUAUAACAAAUCUGAAUCUGUUUUCUUAUGAAGUUGAACAUCUUUCCA